AUGCUUCGAACCGCCUACCUGGCUAAGGCCGCCUCGGCUCUCCCCAAGCGAACCCUCGCUACCAACGCUCGAACCAUGUUCCAGCCCAAGGAGUACGGAUCCAAGUACACCGUCACCCUCAUCCCCGGUGAUGGUAUCGGUAACGAGAUUACUGACGCUGUCAAGACCAUCUUCAAGACUAUCUCCGUCCCCAUUGACUGGGAGGUUGUCAAUGUCACCGGUGUUGGCGAGAACCAUCUCGACGGCUACGAGGAGGCCAUUCGAUCCAUCAACCGAAACAAGGUUGCCAUCAAGGGUAUCCUCCACACCCCCGUUGAGAAGCACGGUCACACUUCUUUCAACGUUGCCCUGCGACGAGAGCUCGACAUUUUUGCUUCUCUCGUUCUCAUCAAGAACAUCCCCGGUGUCCAGACCCGACUCGACGGCAUUGACAUGGCUCUGAUCCGAGAGAACACUGAGGGUGAGUACUCCGGUCUGGAGCACUCCCCUGUCCCCGGUGUUGUUGAGUCCAUCAAGGUCAUCACCAAGCGAAAGUCCGAGCGAAUUGCCCGAUUUGCCUUUGACUUUGCUCUCAAGAACAACCGACACAAGGUCACUGCCAUCCACAAGGCCAACAUUAUGAAGCUUGCCGAUGGUCUGUUCCGAAACACCUGUAAGGAGGUCUCCGCCGAGUACCCCGAGAUCCAGUACGGCGACAUGAUUGUCGACAACGCCUCCAUGCAGGCCGUCUCUUGGCCCCAGCAGUUUGACGUUCUCGUCACCCCUAACCUUUACGGAACCAUUCUGUCUAACAUUGGUGCCGGUCUUGUUGGAGGCCCCGGUCUCGUCCCUGGUGUCAACCUGGGUACCGAGCACGCCGUUUUCGAGCCCGGUUGCCGACACGUCGGUCUUGACAUUAAGGGCCGAGGUACCGCUAACCCCACCGCCAUGAUUCUGUCUUCCGCCAUGCUUCUGCGACACCUCAACCUCGAUGACUUCGCUGACGUCAUCUCCAAGGCUACCUACGACGUUCUUGCUGAGGGCCAGGUCCGAACCCCCGAUCUUGGCGGCAACUCCACUACUGACGAGUUCACCAUGGCUGUUAUCAACAAGCUCCAGUAA